AUGGAGAAUGAAUCGCCAUUGAGCAUUGGCGUAAAUGCCAUCACUGCCAAAAGAAAUAUACUCUACCUGGACGCCUAUGACUCAUUCACCAACAAUGUCAUUUCUAUGCUUGAAGAAAACCUCGACGUCCAAGUAACUAUUCUUACGGUCGAUUCGGAGUGGCCGGAAGGUGGGAUGCUCAAUUUCCUUAGAGCCUUUGAUGCUAUUGUUCUCGGACCUGGACCUGGAAACCCGGAAUGUGCGGCAGACGUUGGUAUUAUGAGAGACGUGUGGAGUCUUGACAAAGAGAACUUGCUACCUAUCUUGGGUAUUUGUCUCGGCUUUCAAAGUCUGUGUCUUCAUCAUGGACUACCCAUAAAACGGCUUCCGUUGCCCCUUCAUGGGCAGGUGCAUCGUGUCAGCUCCACGAACAAGGAUAUUUUCACGGGCCUGGAUGAUUUCGAAGUCACGUUAUACCAUUCUUUAUAUGUGUCGACAGAUGCUGGUGUGGUCGAUAAUGGGAGUAUUUCUGAUGACAAGAGUACUCACCUUACAGUUUCGCAUGUGGAUUCACUAUCCUUUCUUGCCUGGCUGUCCGUCGAUAAGAGUGGACCGCCUACCAGAAGGAUUCCCAUGGCCGUUCGCCACAGAAGGAAACCAUUUUGGGGCUUUCAAUUUCACCCGGAGUCUUGCAAGUCUGAUAAAAAUUCCUGUACAGAGCUUUUAAAAAGAUGGUGGGCAGAGGCUACAGCUUUUAACCAGGAGACUUCACGUUUGAUUCGGGCGUCCACGAAUUCACCACCUUCAAAUGAUGUUUCGGGGUCGAAUAUCCAGAAAAACUUGGAAAAUAUUUUCGAAGACUUGACUACCGAGACAACGCAGAAGUGCUCUCGUCGUUCCCUUUCUUUAGAUGACUUGCGCGCGGAGAAUAUUUUCGAAUUAUUCAAUACGCCUGGUUCGCCAUCAGUCCUUUUCCAGUCAAAUGGAAGAUAUAGUAUUAUGUCAGUCCAGUCUCCUCAAAGAUGGAGAAUGGAAUAUUUUGUCCCUAGCAAAGUUCUUUCUAUCCAAGAGUGUGGCACAUCGACAAACACUAAGAGAGAAACUGGUGUUUCCACUGAGGCUCUUUGGGAUGCACUCAGGCAUGUCAUGAGUAAACGAAAAGUUUUUUCUGGAAGAGAAGAUGUUCCUUUCUGGGGAGGUUUCCUAGGAUACUUCUCGUAUGAAAUGGGACUGGCCGGCUUGGCCCACCCGAAAACCUCACCACUUUUGUCCUCCGAUUCCGAAAAUGUGAAACCAGAAGAGGAAAACAAGAACGGUGUCCCGGAUGUCAGUUUACUAUGGGUUGAGAGAAGCAUUGUUAUUGACAACAACUUACGCAUUAUCCAUAUCCAAUCAACGCGAGAAUUGGAUGAUGCACCUAAUGAAUGGAUUGAUUCAACGUAUAAGCGGAUAUCUCAGUAUAUUUCCACCCAAAACAGCGUACCAUCCGUCAAAAUUGGAUCCAAGGAUGUCGAAGUCGAGCGUUAUCAAUUUCUCACCUCAGUGGAAAGAGAACUAACGGACAAGCUUAUCGCGGGAUCAACAGUAGUCACACCCGACGAAGCCUCAUACAAGUCGAAAAUUAUUGAGUGUCAACAGGAACUUGAGGCAGGAGAAUCUUAUGAGCUUUGUCUUACUGGAGAGACAACUAUUACUCUGCCUACACUUGCUGAUGAAAAUCUGCGCAAGCUUCGUCCCUGGCUUAUAUAUAAGAAACUGAAGACGUACAACCCUGCAGCUUUCAGUGCUUAUGGAUGCCUUGGGCGUGUCAAGAUAGCUAGCAGCAGUCCAGAAUGCUUUCUUAAUUGGGACAGAAAAUCCACUCUUGAAAUGAAACCUAUGAAAGGAACGGUCCGAAAAUCGCCAGGCAUGACAUUCGAAAAAGCCAAGGAGAUUCUUGCAACGACAAAGGAGAUGGCUGAAAACCUCAUGAUAGCUGAUCUAAUUCGGCAUGAUUUGUAUGGGAUAUGUGGAUCCGGAAAUGUGCACGUCGAAAAGCUGUUGGAAGUCGAGGAUUACGGCCGUGUCUACUCGAUGAUUACGCAUAUAAAGGGACUUGUCCGCCGAACGUCAGAUGAAGAAGAGCCAAACAACAUGGCUGCGUACGGAUUAACCACCCUUCAACGCUCCCUACCUCCAGGAUCGAUGACUGGAGCACCUAAAGAGCGGUCAUGCAUGCAUCUCGAUCGGAUAGAAGAAAGAAAACGAGGGCUAUAUUCUGGGGUCAUGGGGUUUCUCGAUAUAGGAGGUUCUGGCAGUUUUUCCGUUCUAAUUCGAACGGCCUUCAGUUAUUCAGACGACGAAGAAGAAGGCGCAAAUAAACCGGAAUUGUGGCAUGUUGGUGCAGGAGGCGCAGUCACUAUCCUAAGUACGCCACAAGGCGAAUGGGAUGAGAUGAUCACGAAACAGAGAACUGUGGUUAACAUAUUUGGAUUUGCAAUGUGA